GUAAAAUCGUAACAAUAUUAAAUUGCCUUAGUGCUCCAGGGUGGCAUCAUUUACAAAGUAUUUUGCAAGCCGAUUGUCAAAUUCAGCGCAAAAAUCACAGAAAUCAGCUUUUAUUACCCGUGUCGCCUGCCACCUCUAAGCUUUAAUUUGGUUCGAAGCUGACACAUUCCGUUCUACCUCGCCCUCUCCAACACAAGUGAAGCUUUGCAGGUCUACUUAAUAGUAGCCAAAAGUGUAAAAAAGUUAACAUAUUAUCGGAAGAAAAGAAGAACACGCACUUAUGUCUCAAUUGAAUACACCCGAAAAAGAUGCAGCUGGCAAACCGCCCACCAGUCGUCAGCAAAGCACCCACAGUCCGAAUUUAACAUUACAGCUUCCCAGUCCAAUUAUAACAAAGCGCACACGCACUGCUUCUACCUCUGCUCGAGCUUUAGAAAACCCAAUUGAGACUGGUAUUGUUAAAUCGUUCAGUCGCUCAAAAGGGCAUGGAUUCAUUACACCGAGCGCAGGCGGUGAAGAUCUUUUCUGUCAUGUCUCUGACGUUGAUGGAGAAUAUGUGCCACAACAAGGUGAUGAGGUUAGGUAUCGAUUAUGUGCGAUUCCGCCCAAAUUCGAAAAACAUCAAGCGGUGCAUGUACAAAUCAUUAAUUUAACUCCAGAAGUGCAUCACAAAUGGGAAGAACCAGUCUACCCUGAUUCUCCAGCUAAGUAAAAAGAAACACUCGUUGGCAAUUAAAACUAUUGUAACAUUUUUCUCCUGGCUUUUCCAAUGCCAAGCAGAAUUAGUGUACAGUUAAAUGAUUCUUAUAAAGACCUCCAAAUGCCAUUCAAGUGACAGCUAAAAUAAUUUACAUAGCAGAUCGCAUAAAAAAUCCGCAUUCAACAACAAUAACAAGCACUAACUUAAAACACAUCGAAAAUACUUAAAUAUUAAAUAGCAUACAAUUAACAAUAGUUUUUAUAAUAUAAUCAUAUUUCAUAAACUAAUAGAAAUUACUUCAAUUAAUAUGAAAAACCCUGCAGAUAUGAAAUUUAGUUAGUCUCCGGAAUUAAAAAUAAAAAAGGAAUUUUUUCACUCUGCCAAGUUAAAAACGUGUCACAAACAUAUGUACGUAUAUAAAUGCAUGAUGAUUCAUUGUACUUGUUUUUUAUAUGCAACAUUAAAAUUAAAUGAACGCCAAUAACAAGAAGCAAUUGCGUCCAACAUUUUCGCGAAAAUAAAAACAAGUAGACAACAACAAAAAGUAAACGAUUUAAGUAAAUAAAGCAAAUAAACAAUUGGCAAGCUUUUUGUUAUCUCUAUUAUUAUCAAUUGCUAUCCCUUGCUACCAAUUUAUAUAUUUUUCAUCACUGUUGGUCUAGACGCCUAUCAACGUAUUACUAUUUAGCGACUUAAAAUUUGUUUAGAACUAAAUAAUUAUUUGUUUACACGUAUGUAUGUAUUUUCUUACGUUGAGAUGAUUUGAAGUUGCGAUUGAAAUUUUUAGCUGAUACUUAAAGUAUUUUUCAAGCUUAGCAAUUGAAAUUUUUCUGUUCGUCUAAUACAAUCACUCAUAUUUUUUUUCGCUAAUUUUCUUAAUCUGUAUAAAUAAAGAGUAUUAAAAGUA